GCAAUACCGGAAGUGACGUUGACGUAGUUCCUCUAUCUUGGCUUCGGGUUAACGCCACCUGAAACAGCCCGAGCCACAAGAAUAAAAACAUCAACCCCUCGACGUCUGCGCUUACUUUUUCACCAGCGACACAUUCAUCGAAACGUUGAACACUCGCAACACAGCAUGCCUCAGAACGAGCACAUUGAGCUGCACCGCAAGCGGCAUGGCUACCGCCUAAACCACCACGAGAAGAAGAGGAAGAAGGAGAGCCGCGAAGCCCACGAGCGGUCACAUAAAGCCAGGAAGAUGAUCGGCCUCAAGGCCAAACUGUACCACAAGCAGAGGCACGCCGAGAAGAUCCAGAUGAAGAAGACCAUCAAAAUGCACGAGCAGAGGAAGACUAAGCAGAAGAACGACGACAAGACACCACAGGGCGCCGUUCCAGCCUACCUGCUGGACCGAGAGGGUCAGUCCAGAGCCAAAGUCCUCUCUAACAUGAUCAAGCAGAAGAGAAAAGAGAAGGCGGGCAAAUGGGAAGUACCGCUGCCAAAGGUGCGAGCACAAGGAGAGACGGAAGUGCUCAAAGUCAUCCGCACGGGAAAGAGACAGAAGAAAGCGUGGAAGAGAAUGGUGACCAAAGUCUGCUUUGUGGGCGACGGCUUCACCCGGAAACCUCCCAAAUAUGAGCGCUUCAUCCGACCCAUGGGCCUGCGCUUCAAGAAGGCUCACGUCACGCACCCCGAGCUGAAGGCCACCUUCUGCCUGCCCAUCCUGGGAGUGAAAAAGAACCCCUCCUCCCCCCUAUACACCUCGCUGGGGGUCAUCACCAAGGGGACGGUCAUCGAGGUCAACGUCAGUGAGCUGGGCUUGGUCACGCAAGGAGGAAAAGUGGUGUGGGGUAAAUACGCCCAGGUGACGAACAACCCUGAGAACGACGGCUGCAUUAAUGCAGUUCUGCUUGUUUAAGACUCUUUAAAAAAAAAAAAAAAAAAAAAAAAUUAAACAAAAAAAACCUGUGCCUGCUGAAGCAGCGAGACAUGAGGACUUCUGGCAACGAUGGACACUGAGAGGAAGCCUUUUGAUGUGAAUAAAGUUGAUGUUGAAGUAAACACGUGAGUACCUUGUUAAAAGGAAGAAAAGCUCAUGUUUUUAUUUUCACUAUGCUCACCAGUUCACCUUCUGGAGCAAGUGAAACAAAAAGAUGUGAUGUCCGUGUACACUUUAGAACUUGGGGGGCCUGAAGAUGAUGAUGAAACAACAGACGUUUUGGAAAGCAGCAAAGCUUUCAUCUCCUGUUAAUUAAUUCACUAAUUGGCAGUAUUGGGACUUUAUGAAGCUCCAAAGUGGUCCGGAUACAUCAACAAUCACUGAUUAGUUGCUGCUUAAAUGUGAGCAGCUAUCAACAGUGGACGUAUAAAUAAAAGAAUGAAGCCGUGUGUAUCUGGAAAAAGGACUAAAAGUAUACAUCUUAAAACACUUUUUUAAAAUAGAAAAAAACUUCAAUAUUCUUGGAGGACAUCGAUGUCUGUCGGUCAACGUUGGCGACACUGCUGACGUCGUGAGUUCAGACAGCUCCCGCUUGCUUGACUUGAUUUGGCAGUCGUUGGCGAAUGCUCCUUCCCUUCCUUGCUUCCUUAGUACGCAGUGUCCGCUAUGUAUAGAAGUCCAGCUUGCUCUCUAUGGUCUUGCAGCCCUUCACAGAGAAGACGCGCUCAGAUUUGGGGAAGUAGACCAAAUCCCUCGCCACUUUGUCGGCCACAGCGGGGUCGGGCUUGAGGCCUCGCGCCUCCAUAGCGGCCUUGGCGCACUGCAGCACGUGCCGGUACUCCAGUGGCAGGAAGGGCACAAAGAAGUCCACCAGGUUCUUGUCGAUGAGGCUCGUGUGCCACAGACCGCCUGAGGGACAGACAGAGAGAGCGACGUCUCCAGGUCUUUCAGCUCCAUCUCGUCUCGAUCCCGACCUGCGUUCCAGAAAUCUAAAGCAGUCUGUAUGAUGCUCUCGCCUCCAGCGUUGCUAUGGCGACAGUCAAAAACAGGUGCUCGCUUUAAAUGGUGCAGAUCUUAGCAUCAUUUACAGACUCCGUUUUGGAUAUAAAAAUAUAGUUAGAAUUCUCAGUAAAUUUUAAAAUAAAAAUGAACUCGAGUUUAAUUUUGUAAAAUUCCUACACUGUUAAUUUUUGACUAUUCUGGCAUUUUUCAAUAUUUUCUAUGAUUUCUUUAAGUAUGUAUUAGCAACGUAUGGGGGGGGGGGGAGCAGUUGCAAUCAUGAGAAUAAAGUCAAAAUAUUAACAGAAAAAAAAUUGUAUUCUAACAAGAGAAAAGUUGCAGUUUUAUGAGAAUAAAAUUGUACUAUGAGGGGAAAAAAUAUAUAUAUAUAUACAUUUUUUAAGACUUUAAAAGUUGUAACAUGAGAAACAAACCAAACGAAUAAAGUUGUAAUUUUUGGAAAAUUAGGUUGGGGGAAGGUUAUUUAACAAGAAUGAAGUCAAAAUAUUAUGGGUCAGAAUUGACAUGACAUACGGUAGUUAUUAGUUUCUACUGAGUCGUUAAUGGACAUUCAGAGGAAAGUUUACAUUUUAAUUUAAAAAAAACGGCAUAAAUGGAAAAAACAAAUGUUUUGAGAAUAAACUCAAACUAUGAAGAGAAAAGUUGUUCUAAUGUGAAUUUCUUGCAAUUUUAUGAGAAUAAAUUUGUACUCUUAUGAGGAAAAGUGUCAAUUUAGUAUCAGAGUUGAAAUAUAAGAAACAAAAAGGUUAUAACGGAAAUAAAGUCACAAUAUUACGAAAAGAACAUGCACAAAUACUAACAACUAACUAAGAAGUCAGUUGAAAUAUUUGGAUACUAUUGAUAUUUUUUUUUUCACCUCUGUGACAAAGCUGAGUUUAAAAAUAUAUAUAUAUAUCCCUAAGGUGUUAGCAUAUCUGCAUGUGUUGCUUUACAAAAUAUCAACAUGGCAAAGGUGCAUCAAGGUGCAAAACGGCCUCACCUGAGGAAGAUGAAGAUGGCUUUGCGGUAGGAGACGCCGUCCACCUUGUCAUAGUAGUCCAGGUACGGCUUGAUGCUGUCAAUCAGCCCUGGGUGCAUCUUAUCCAUCUCGUCAAAGAUGAACAUGGACUGAGCACAGCUGCUGACGUUGCCUUUAAUCCACUGCUGCAGCUGAGUCUGACAGAAGAAGCGCAGCAUGAGAACCAUCACAAGCGUUAGGAACCGUACGACGUCUUACCUUGUAGGUGUCCAUCUGAGAGGCGUGGGGAAAGUGUAGCUCGGACGUGAAGACGUGCACAAACUUGCUGUCCAUUCCCUCCUUGUAGAUGCUCUCGGCGAUGAGCGAGCUGACAUAGUUCUUGCCCGUGCCGGUCCAGCCGUGCAGGGAGAGCACCAACGGCUUCUUGGGGUUGUCGUUGCUCAUGAAGCCGCUCACCGCCUUCAGGAUGAUGUGUGACGCGAUGUGCUGCCCGAACAGUUUAGUCUGCAGGCUGGCCUCCAGACCUGCAAGACAUUGGGAAUAUUAGUUGUAAUUCAACAGUCAACAAUGCGUACAAAUAUGACGAUAGUCAUCUAAGCUGGCUGGGAAUUUCACUACAAGCUUUUCUUGGAGAAUAAAUUAGCAUUUUGC